GACUUUGGGGACUGAUAAACAGUGCAGGUACUGCUAACCCAACAGCUUCCAACGAGUGGCUGACCAAGAAGGACUUUGUAUCAGUGCUGGAUGUCAACCUGCUUGGGUUAAUUGAUGUAACGCUUCACAUGCUGCCCUUUUUAAGGAAGGCCAAAGGGAGCGUCGUCAACAUGUCCAGUAUGCUGGGAAGACUGUCGUUCAUUGGAGGAGGUUAUCCUAUAUCCAAAUACGGCAUUGAAGCCUUUUCUAACAGUCUGAGGCAAGAGAUGCAGACUUUAGGGGUCCACGUCAGCGUGGUUGAAUCUGGUGCUUUUUCAACACCUAUCUAUGAUCCUCCGGAGGAAUCCUUGCAGAGAAUAUGGCACCAGCUGGCCCCAGACAUUCAAGAAACUAUGGGCGGAAGUUCUUGGAAAUGU